AUGGCGUCGUACCCAUCUAUCCAAUCCAUCCAGGCCAGCCCGGAGCUUCUCCGCACCCUGCAGGACCUACACGCCCAAGCCCUGGCCGAGGAAGCCUACGUGAGCACCAGCGGGCCCGCAUCCCUCGCCGUCGACAAGUUCGUCGCGCUCGACCCGGACAAGUGCGCCGCCGUCUACCUGCUCCUCCGCAGCACCGGCGCGCGCCACGUCGUCGAGGCCGGCACGAGCUUUGGGCUGAGCACCAUCUACCUCGCGCUGGCGGUGGGACAGAACGUGGGCGGGGACGCGAGCAAGGGACGGGUCGUGGCCACGGAGCACGAGGCCAGCAAGGCGCGUCAGGCGCGGGCGCACUGGGCGCGGGCGGGGGCUGAGGUGGAGCCGUUUGUUGAGCUGCGGGAAGGGGAUCUUCUCGAGACUUUGAAGAGCGACUUGCCUGAUGAGGUGGAUUUCCUGCUUCUGGAUAUCUGGACACCUUUGGCUCUGCCGACGUUGAAGUUGGUACAGCCUCGACUGAAGAAGGGGGCGAUGAUUAUUGCGGACAAUGUAGAGGCUGCAAAGGCUGGUUAUCGUGACCUGCUGGAGUACGUCAGCAACCCGGAGAAUGGGUUCAGGACCAUGAAUCUUCCUUUCUCCGGCGGUCUGCAGCUGAUCGUUCGGAUUUAG